GACUAGCCGUUACGCUCCUUUAUCUUUUUUCUUUUUCGUUUUUUUUAGUCAUUGAGAGAGUAUUAUUCUUCAAAUCAUCAAUAACCCUAGCAACCGCUCGAAAACCUCUUCUGAAUUUUUACACUACCAGAAUCAUAACUGUUCAAAAUUCACAGAUCCUCCGUUGAUUUUAGUUUUGUUUAUCGUCAUUUCUCCAUUUGAUUCUUCAUCUCAAUCGCUUCCCAUGGCGUCAAAAACCGCGGCUGCUAAAGAUAUCAUCACUCUCCACGGAUCUGCUGCCAUCGUCAGCGAGUUUUUCUGUUACGCUGCGAACAGUAUUCUGUAUAAUCGUGCGGUUUAUCCAGAGGAAAGUUUUGUGAAAGUGAAGAAGUAUGGGCUUCCGAUGUUACUUAUUGAAGAUGAAUCCGUCAAAUCAUUCCUCUCAAAUCUCACUUCUCAGAUCUCCGAAUGGCUUGAAGCUGGGAAGUUGCAGAGAGUAGUGCUUGUGAUAAUGAGCAAAGCUACUGGUGAAGUCUUGGAGAGGUGGAAUUUCCGGAUCGAAACCGAUAAUGAGGUUGUUGAGAAAGGUGUAUCGAGAGAGAAAAGUGACAAGGAGAUCAUGAGGGAGAUCCAAGCUAUCAUGAGACAAGUUGCUUCCAGCAUAACUUACUUGCCUUGUCUUGAUGAAGCAUGUGUUUUUGAUGUAUUGGCAUAUACGGAUACGGAUGUGGCUGUUCCAUUCACUUGGAUCGAAAGCGAUCCAAAGUUGAUUGCUAAUCCACAGAUGGUUAAGCUACACGCUUUUGAUACCAAGAUUCACAAAGUCGACACUCUCGUCUCAUACAAGAACGACGAAUGGGAUGAAGAAGAGUAAACAGAAGUCUCUUGUUCAGCUCGCGUUUUCCUCGGUCUCUUUUUAUCCGUUUAUGUGCCAGUGCGUGUUUCAGCUUCUUACUGAGUUUAUGUAGUUAUAAGAUAACUUUUAUAUAUAAUGCACCUAUUGAAGUUUUCUAAUUUUGUUCUUAUUCUUAUAAGUUGUGCCUCGGGUGGAAAAAAAAACUUUUAG